AUGGUCCGCGAUACAAGACAGAUCGUAACCCGCAACCUUCCGCGCGGAGAGCGGGGUGGUCUCCGUAAGCGAGACGAUAGUCUUCUCGAUGGCCCCGUAGAUAGUCUCGAAGUAGACGAUCACAUCGCCCUGCUGGAAAGUCAAGUUGCGGAGGACCGUAUUGAUGCCCGUCGUCGCGUUGUGGACAAGGACGCAUUCAUUAGUGGGUACGGAGAGUAG